AUGGUCUCUCACGGCUCCAAGAUCUUGCUGGCUGUCCUCGUCUACUCUUGUGUCAUCUGGAUGGCAACGGCCGAGACGAACUCUACAGAGUGCUGCCCUUCGCCUUCCUUGUCAGCUUCGGACAAUUCGACGGAAUCAUCCCCCCACCCAGUCACUCCAACCACCACCCGCUCAGCCACUCAGAGAUGCGCCCACAGAAUCGUUAUGCAAGCAAUGAGCGUUUGUGGAGCUUCAUGCUCGAACGACCAGCAACUGUUCGACUCAUGUCUUUCCACCCGCACAGUCUCUGAUGAGGAGAUCAAGAAAAUCUGCUGUCCAGUUGAUGCUUAA